UUCUUCCUCCCCCAACAAAACCUCACCUUCACCACCCUUCCUCUCAUCUCUCCCACUGUCUCUUGCACACACCCCCACUUUGACUUUGACCACUCCUCUCCUCCCCAUCACUCUCACUCUCCUCUAAACCCUGCACAAAACCCUCGUUUAGUGGUGGUGGUGGUGGGAUGGGGAACUGCGCCGCGUCCCGCCUCGCCGGCGGCGGGGGCGGGGGCGGGUGCGGGGACCCCGUGGCGGUGUGCCGCGACCGGAAGCGGCUCAUCAAGGCGGCGGCGGACCGUAGGUUCGCGCUGGCCGGGGCGCACGCGGCGUACGCGGCGGCGCUGCGGUCGGUCGCCGACGCGGUGGACGUGUUCGUCGCGCGCCACACCGCGCCGGCGCCGAUACUCAUCACGCUCCCCACCCCGACGGGCUCGCCCCCCGCGUCCCCCGCCCCCGCCCCCGCGCCCGCGGCGCUCGCCUCGGUGGCGCAGGGGGGGGAGGAGGAGGAGGGGAAGGCGGAGGUGGAUGACGGCGGCGGCGCGCGGACGCCGGAUUUGGGGUGCCCCUACUACUACGCCCCACCGGAGACGGCGACGGCGACGCCGCCGCCGCCGCCUCCUGCGGCGUCGGCGGUUGGAGGGUGGGAUUUCUUUAACCCGUUCUACGGAACGGAGGAGGUGGCGGCCGCGGCCAUCAGCGACGAGGAGAUGCGCGCGGUGAGGGAGCGGGAGGGGAUCCCGGAGCUAGAGGAGGCGGAGGAGGAAGACGACGAGGGGGCAAAGUCCGCGGCGGCGGCGAACGCCAAGACCCCCAAAGCAGCGGAAACUUCGCUCGGAGUGACCAAGCAAGAAGAGGCCAAAGACGUGUGCGAGGUAGCGAGCAACAAUGGCGGCCGCGGCGGCGGGCUGGAGGUGGCCGUGUCGCAGCCCGGGCGCGAGCUGCUCGCGGCGCUCAAGGAGAUCGAGGAGCUCUUCGCGCGCGCCGCCGAGGCCGGCAAGGAGGUCACCGCCAUGCUCGAGGCCGCCUCCCGUGUCCCCGAGCUCAAAGAAAAUUCAUCAAAAAUAAUCCAUGCCAUUACAUGGCACCGAUCCCCAUCAUCGGUGUCCUCAUCCUACAGGAGUGAGCUGGGAGCCAGCUCGAACAGUUUGUCAUGGACAGACAAGAGUGAAACUAAGAGUGAUAUAUUCGAUGACUAUGGCGGAAUGAAGUCAGGAAGUCACUCACAGACUUUAGGGAGAUUGUAUGCCUGGGAGAAGAAACUCUAUGAAGAAGUUAAGGCUAUAGAUCAAAUCCGACAAACUUAUGAGAAGAAGUGCGUGCAGCUGAGGAACCAAGACGCCAAAGGUUCAGAACUGCGCUGCGCUGAAAAAACUAGGACAACUGUUAGAGACUUGUACACAAGGAUCUGGGUUUCUCUACGUGCAGCGGAAUCAAUAUCUGAUAGAAUUCAAAAAUUGCGGGAUGAGGAACUGCAACCACAACUUGUUGAGCUUUUGCAGGGGCUGACAAGAACUUGGAAAAUAAUGGUGGACUCACAUGAAACCCAGAGACAGAUAAUGUUUGAGGUGAAUUCGUUCACCUGCCCUGCUUAUGGCAAAUUCUGUAACGAUGCCCAGCGGCAUGCUACUCUUAAGUUGGAGGCUGAACUGCGUAACUGGAGGUCCUGCUUUAUGAUCUAUGUCAGUGCUCAGAAAGCAUACAUUGAAGCUCUUGAUGGCUGGCUCUCCAAGUUUAUCCUAACGGAUACCAUCCGUUAUUCUCGAGGGAUAUCGUCGAUUGCUCCUGAUAGGUCCAGUGCUCCACCUUUGGUCGUGAUUUGUCAUGACUGGUACACUACGCUGUCAAAGUUUCAAAACAAGCGGGUAGCUUUCACCAUGAGAAACUUCAUCAGAAGCGUGAGAGUGCUAUGGCUCAAGCAAGGGGAAGAGCAACAGCAGAAAAGAAAGGUGGACAGCCUCGCGAAAGAGAUGGACAAGAAGAUCAGUGCUUACAAGAGAGCAGAGAACAAGGUUAUUGAGACCAAGCUUCUGGAGCACAGACCUGAGCAGGACGCGAAGCAGCGCAUGGAGCACCUGUCGGAGAAGAAGGAAAUGCUGAAUGUGCUGAGGAAGAGGGUCGAGGCCGAGAAAGCGAAGCACCACGCCUGUAUGCGCGAUACGCACGAUGUUACUCUCAACGGGUUCAAGAUCGGCCUGGCCAGCAUAUUCGAGUCGCUGACCGAAUUCUCCAAGGAUUCCGUCAAACUCUACGAAGACCUUCUAACGCAUGCCGAACCCAAAGGUUCGGAGGACGCUACCGAGAAACGGCCCUGCGUGGAGGGGCCAUACUCUCAGAUUUCAGUGGAUGCUACAUGACUGUCUCAGUGCCCCCACAUUCAGUAGGAGCUUGUUGCAUUUGCCCCAGUUUUUGGACCCCUAGAAUGUGCGUGCUGAUGUUAACCUGUAGAGUAGUGUAGUAGUACCAUGUUGGUUGUGUGUGGUGGGGCGGUAGGGUCAUUCUUGUGGGCAUCUACUUACUGCUUGUAAUUAUUCGUUUUAGUUUGAUAUCAGAGAGGAUUGAUUCUCUUUGUUGCC